ACCUUUUUUGUGAAACGUCUCGCUCUCUCGCUUCCAUGUUUGUUCGUGGUCAUUUUGCAUUUCUGUGCUAGAUUUUCCAGAUUAGCAUUUAAUUGAUGAUUUUAUUCGUGUAACUGUGUAAUUAAUGAAAUUUGUGACAUCAAGGCGACCUCGUGAGGACUUGUCGCCCAACAAAAAGCGAUAAACGGCGAUAUAAUAACAGGGAGGGCGAUGGCGACAAACAGGAGCGGUGCCGCGCGGCCGAACGGCGCGCCGCAGACCAAAGUGUGCCAGUUCAAACUGGUGCUGCUCGGCGAGAGCGCCGUGGGCAAGUCCUCGCUGGUGCUGCGCUUCGUCAAAGGCCAGUUCCACGAGUACCAGGAGAGCACGAUCGGCGCCGCCUUCCUCACGCAGACCGUGUGCCUCGAUGACACCACCGUCAAGUUUGAGAUUUGGGACACUGCGGGGCAGGAGAGGUACCACAGCUUAGCCCCCAUGUACUACCGAGGGGCGCAGGCCGCCAUCGUCGUGUACGACAUCACCAACCAGGACACAUUCGGGCGCGCACGUAACUGGGUGAAAGAGCUGCAACGGCAGGCGUCGCCGUCAAUAGUGAUCGCGCUCGCCGGCAACAAGAGCGACCUCGCCGCCAAGCGCAUGGUCGAGUUCGAGGAGGCCCAGGCGUACGCUGACGAGAACGGCUUGCUGUUCAUGGAGACCAGCGCCAAGACCGCCAUGAACGUCAACGACAUAUUCCUAGCUAUCGCGAACAAGUUACCAAAGAGCGAAGGCGGCGGCGGCGCGGCGGCGGGCGGCGCGCGGCGCCUCAACGACGGCGAGCAGCCGCGCGCCUCCUCCUGCUGCAAGUGAUACACGGGGGAGAUAAAUUCGCUACCCUGGUCGGGCGCGCUCGGCGCGUGAUCCGGUACGUAGCCGCAGUCGCCCACAUACUAGCUAUAAUACACGUACGAGAUGUAAUUAAUAAAGAUAUAUUUAAUUUGGUUCAUGUUUUAGGGCGGACAUAGCGCGGGGAUGGCGCGGGCGGCGCGUGUACCUUAUACACGUGUACACAAUACCACACUACGACCGUGUACACGUAUAUUCAGAAUGUAUUUGAGUAUUUGGGGUAAAUUAGGCCAGGUUUUUUUUUGUAUCUGAAUGGUAUUGAUGUAUAAACAGAUACAAAAACUAAGGUCAGUUGGUGUACGGUCGCUGAAGUCGUUUCUGGGUACACACAUGUUAAUAACUUGUAGUUACAGAGCUAUUUAAUAUAUGUGACGUUUUCAACCAAAAGGUACCACAUUGUCGCUAGUCAAUAAGGUUGAUUUCAAAAUGAAGCUAUAUUGAAAUAGCGCCUUAUUGACAACCGAUAAUAAGUAUCCUUCUGGUUGAGAAUGGCACAUAUUAAAGCAUUUACCCUACAGGGUAAAGUCCGUGCAUGUCCGUAAGCGCGCCGCCCGCGCCCGUUUUAGUCUAAUCUACAAUUUAACAGUUAAAUACUUGGUUAGAAAGCUUCACGGUUCUCAAACUUCACUUAUUAUAUUUUAACCACUGAAUUUACUUUUACACGCUUUCAUUUUAAACUCCGGCCGAAGGGUCGCUCCAUCGCUGUCCAAAUUGUGGUGAAGGUGCAUUUACAUUCGUUCACUCACAUCAUUCGAUCGUUCAUUGUCAUUAGUGUCAAAAGAAACCAUUAAAUCUAUUUUAUGAAAAAAAUCCGCUUUUCUGGCACACAUAUAACCUUACAAAGUAUAAUUAUUGCAAAAAUCAAUUUAUUAGAAUUUAUCUCAGAAGAAAAUAUUCUAAAGAUGAUUUACUUUUUUUACCCGUGUGACUAUUGAUAUUAAAAAUCACACAGGAACCUCUAUUUAGUGUCCAUAUUGUCAUUUUAAAGUUACAAUAACACUAAAAAAUAUUUUAUUCUAUCGAGCUGGAUUCUCGACAAGGAAUAUUAAAAUCAUUAAUGAAUUAUUACCAAGGCCAAUAAAAACUAUAACUAUUGUCUAUAAUUUAUACAUGAAUAGUAUACGCUUUCAUUGUUAUGGUGUAACUUAUAACUAACAAAGCCCUGUCUAAUGUCACGGUUUCUGUCACUAAAUUGAAAUCCCGCUCACUCGCAUCACUCAUGCCUACUAUGAUUUACCAGCUCACCACCGCCCUACACCUGUAACUCCAUAAAGGUCUACAAACUGAACUUUUGAUUAUAGCUGGCCAGACUGUCAGUAAUGACAGUAUACUACAUGUCUUAAUCGUUCAACAAAUGUUGAUUUGAAGGGACGCGUGCAAUGUCAGGAUGGCCGUGUCGGACAUGGUGAAUUAUAUUUACAACUGGUAAUAUUGAUAUUAAUAUAGUGUCCCUUUAAUGUCUGUGCAAUAUUAUUUUUAGAAGGCUUUCUUAUUACGUUUGUAUAAGAUCGUUGUUUUUGAAAAUGUUGACAUAUUCGUUUGCAAAUUUAAUUUUCGUUCUGGUCAGCUAAAUCAAUAGUUAACGGGUAAUAAUCUACUGUUUUAAGUUUUGCAAAUUUCAAACGUUGUUAAAACUUGACAGUUACAAUGGAGCGAGCACAACUAGUUUCUGUCUCUCUUACUCUAUACUUUAUUUAGAGAGACAGCAACUGUGUGUGCCACUUCAGUAUUGCGUCGUGUAGGGCCUCCUCAUACACAUGUGCAUAGUUAUUUUAAAUUAGAUUUACAUCUCAGUUAGGACGUUAUUUUAUAUACCUAAUAAAAUAAUCAUUGGACAAAUUUGUUCUAUAUUAAUUGUAUUAGUAUAUUUUCUGUAUGAUUAUAUAUUUUUAAGAGAAGUGUAACUAGAGGGGGGUGUUGUGGCAGUUAACUUUAAUGUAAAGGUUAUUAUUUAGCAUUCCACUCGCCGCUUGCUUCGCGAGUUUAUAUACAGGAGGGAAUUUGGUGGCGCGCCAUAUGUUAAAUGCCAGGGUUCUUAAUAUCUGAUUUUAUUGUAUCCUUUGAAAUUGUUACAACUUUGCCCAUUCGGCUUCAUGGUUUUUCGGGAAAAUUAUUUUAAUCCUUACAUUUUGAGAUUAGAUAUUCCGGGCAAUGAUAAAGGGUGGGCAAAGUUGGAUAAUUUUUGGGUUAUGUCAUUUUUAUAACAUCUUUUGAGAUUGGCAUUAUGUAACCGACAGUACUCUUUAUUCUUGGUCGUCUAAGUGCAUCGCGUCACUCGUCUAUAGGUACGUGAAGGGAACGUGUGUAGGAACACCUCGAGAGUGCAAAGUCCUAAUUUCUUAAGGCACAUUUGAACCGGCUGCUAAGCAUGCUUUUUGCAAUUUUAAAUCAAUUUCAAUAAAGGCAAAGUUGCUAUUACAAUACAGUAAUAGGGCAAUUAACUAUAGAUACAGAUAUUUAUUAAUGAUAUGGGGAUAAUGUGACGUUGUCUAAGUAUACAAAGAGGUGCUUCGCGGCCGGUCCGAGAGCGCCUUAAACUUGUAUCGCUUAGAUUGUUUGUGAUAAACUUAACCGCAAAAACGCGUGAAGCUAUAUUUGUUAUUAAAAAUGUCCCGAAAUUUUGUAUAGUCCCGGUAUAAGAUUAAAAUAGGGCAUCGGCGUCCUAAGCUGCCAUAUUGAAUACUUACACACUUGGUCAUAUCAAAUAAAAGCAAUCUUCGGCGCUAUUUAGAGCCAUGAGUAUAUGAUAAUGAAUUAGCAUUUGAUUUUAAACUGUACUUAUCAAUAUGGCGCCUUAGGGUGUGUGGUGCAUAGGAUAACGAAGAUAUAUAAUGUAAUAAUACAUAUGGGUUUCCGAAUCAUAUGUAAACUAUAGUGCUUUGUAGUCGACACUCGCGUCCUUGCGUUUAUGGCGGAGGUCGUUUUGUAUUUGAUUACACUUAAAUAACGUAUAGUAUAAAUACCAUUUAGUAAAAUGGUAUUAUUUUUUCUUCAAUUGUAAAUUGAAACAAUUUUUAAUUUUUCUUUUUCAUGUUACAUGCUCAAAAAUGUUUAAUAUUGCCUACUAUCCAGAUCUCAAGUUUCUUUUUCUAAUGAUGUAAGGCUGAAUUAAGUAUUCAUUUUGUAAGAUAACUUUCCCUUAGAUUAAUAUGUGGGCAAAGUUAAAAAUUGGCGCUUCCCUAAUUUAAAGUGUAAUGAAAACCCUAUAGUUCCCUCUGCAAUAGACGCAGCACGUGGCGCAACAACGUUGGUGGUGCCCGUCGCGAAUAUUACAUAUUGUUUAUGUAUUAUUGUUUAAAUUGUUUCUAUCGCGGCUGCACCACUACAACGUUAGUAACACUGAGCUCCCACCGACGGAUUCUUGGUGUUUAUCAGCAAUAUAUUUUAUAGGUGAAAAUGUAAAUGUAUUCGAAUUUAUUAUCUUUCUUCGAAAUUAUGCCUCUAAUUUACAAUGAAGACUAAUAUAAAGGCAGCAGUUUGCGUUUUCACGUUCAAAAUAGCAAUGUGGAUGAGCAUGUGAUCCUGGCUGGUGGGACAGAGUGGUUUUGAAUUCAGUAUAACAUAGCCUAGGACCGCGACAAGAAAAUGGAAUUAACUGUAUAUAAGCACUUCGACUGUUCUCGCAAGGUUGCACCGGCGUUAACGGAACUGCGUGGUACUUUGAAAUGUUGCAGCUUUGCCCAGAGGCAAACUUGUAGAUACCGUAGAGUGGGGCUAGAAACGUUGAGGCCAGAUAUUUUUAUGAUUGCAAUAAAUAGUUAGAAAAAAGUUAUAUUCUGUAAGUAAUAUUUUUUUUCUUCUAUUUUACACAUUCUGCCUCAAAAUGUAUACAGCUCAUAGUUAGCUUGCAGUGGACUGUAUUACCCCUUAGAAGUUUUUAAAUGUAUGGCUUUUAAAAGAAUAAAUGGGGUAAAUAUGACACUAGUGGGCAAAGUUGCAAGUUUCACUGACGGUUUACUCCGUGAAACGUAACGUUUGCGAGCCAGUCGAUAUACCGCAUCUUAUAGAACGAAAGAUCAUCUCAAAACAUGCCAGUUUGGUUUCUAUUGAAAGCAGUUAAGGUUGAAUUUGGAAUGCAUUUGUUAUGUGACUUGUGCUAAUUAAUUGCGAAGGCGCGAUAGUACUGGGGACGAACGUUGACAUCCAGGUCAAACUGUAUGUUUUUGUAUUGUGUAAAUAUUUUGGAUUUAUUAAGAUUAUUAUAUUGAAUAAAAAAAAAAUGUAAAUGUA